AUGGCUGGAAAGAGAUCGUGGGCACGAACAAGGCAAGUGUUAUGCUUCAUCGCGGUGUGUUGUCUUGCCGAUUUGAUUUCUGGACAGAUUCGCUAUACAAUUCCGGAAGAACUAAAGCACGGAGCUUUUGUUGCGAAUGUUGCUGAUGAUUUGGGUUUAAAUGUCAGUGAGCUAUCCGCUAGAAGACUGCGCAUCGUUUCUGGUGAUUCAGUCCAGUAUUUGGAGGUAAAUUUGGGCAAUGGAAUUUUGUUCGUGAAUGAAAAAAUAGAUAGAGAGCAGCUCUGUGGUCUGAUUUUCACUUGUUUUCUGCAUCUUGAAGUUGUUAUCGAAAAUCCUCUCGAGCUGUACCGUAUUGAAGUGGAGAUUCUGGAUAUAAAUGAUAACUCCCCAACUUUCUUGAGGAAGGAUAUCUCUUUGGACAUUAUAGAAUCGGCUUUGCCAGGUAUGCGUUUCCCUCUUGAGAGCGCUCAUGACCCAGACGUGGGUACUAACUCAAUUUACACCUACAGGCUAAGUCCAAGUGACCAUUUUAUCUUGGAUGUGGAGGCACGAAGCGAUCGUAGCAAAUUUGCCGAGCUUGUGCUGGAGAAAAUACUGGACAGAGAGCAACAACAGAUCCACCAGUUAGUUCUAACGGCCGUUGACGGUGGAAUCCCACAGCGAUCUGGUACUGCCCUGAUCACUAUUACUGUCUUAGACGCCAAUGACAACCUACCUGUCUUCGAAAAGGCAAUUUACAAAGUUUCAUUGAAAGAAAAUGCACCCAAGGGGACUUUGGUAUUAAAAUUGAACGCCAGCGAUUUAGAUGAAGGCUCCAAUAGUGAGAUAGUGUAUUCUUUCAGUAGUCACACUCCGCCUAGAGUGCACGAACUGUUUAAUGUGGACUCCCAUACUGGUGAGAUUAGAGUUAAGAGUACUAUAGAUCACGAAGAAUUGAAUAUGCUCGAAAUUUACAUUCAAGCCAAGGACAAAGGUGGCCCAUAUGCAAUACCUGUGCAUUGCAAAGUUUUAGUAGAUGUAGUUGAUGCUAAUGAUAAUGCUCCUGAAGUAAUCCUGACUUCAUUGUCAAGCCCAGUUAUGGAAGAUGCCAUGAUCGGUACAGUAAUUGCUCUCAUUAGUGUUACAGACAAGGAUUCUGAAAAGAAUGGGCUGAUCAACUGUGAGAUCUCUCAGGGUGUCCCAUUUAGGCUUCAAUCAUCCUUUAAGAACCAUUACACAUUGGUGACCACCGAUCAUCUGGAUCGUGAAAGGGUACCAGAGUACAAUAUCACAAUCACGGCCAUUGACUCGGGAUAUCCUCCUCUGUCCACCAACAAGUCCAUAUUUUUAAAGGUUUCAGAUGUGAAUGACAACGCGCCAAGAUUUUCGAAACCUUCCUAUACAGUAUACGUCACGGAAAACAAUGCACCGGGUGCUACUGUUUGCUCCGUAACAGCAAUAGACCCUGAUUCAAGUCAAAAUGCCUAUCUGUCCUAUUCUAUCAUAGACAGCAUGAUCCAUGGGCUACCUUCUAGAUCCUAUGUUUCAAUCAAUUCGGAUAAUGGCAAAGUUUACGCAUUACGCUCUUUUGACUACGAGCAGCUAAAAGAUUUUCAAAUCCAGAUCCAAGCUCAAGAUGCUGGAUUUCCACCACUCAGUGGCACUACGAAAGUAAAUGUGAUAAUCUUGGAUCAGAAUGAUAACGUUCCCUUUAUUGUGUCCCCACAGCCAAAUAACGGUUCAGCUGCACUGCAGAAGGUACCGCAAUCUGUGGAUCCUGGGCAAUUAGUGAUCAAAGUCAUUGCUACAGAUGCGGACUCUGGGCAGAAUGCAAAACUCUCCUACCAAUUACUGAAAGCAACAGAUCCCACACUAUUCAACGUAGCACCAUACACAGGAGAAAUAAGGACAACCCGGCAUUUCGGGGUCAGAGAUGUCCCGAGGCAAAUGCUGCUCAUCCUUGUGAAAGAUAACGGACAAACUCCGCUUUCAGCCACAAUUACCAUUAUAUUUUCAAUAAUGGACAACAUUACGGAAAUUCUGCCUGAAAUCAGCGAUUUGUCUGAGAAUCCAGAGCAAAAUUCGGCAUUAUUAUUUUACAUAAUUAUCACACUCGGAUCAAUUUCAUUGGUAUUCAUUGUAGCCAUAAUUAUCGUCGUUACCAUCAAAUGCCGCCAGUACAGAAAUAAUGCCCAAGAUUGCAACACUGCCGUCGGGAAUUGCUGUUGCAUUCAGCAUUUGAAUUCGGCAGAUAUUCUGAAAGCAUCUAAAACAAACCUCCAAGUAACGACCAGCCCUAAAGGGCCACCUAACUUUUUAGAGAUAGGUGGAAGUGGGCCUGCCUCACAGACCUAUUACUACAAGGUAUGUUUGACUCCUGAGUCUGCCAAGAGCGAUUUUACUUUCCUCAAACCGUACAGCCCAGCCAAACCGAAAGUCGGGACCAACACUAAUGACCCAGGUGGCGUGGGAUGGAACGGGCAUGCACCAAAAACCUUAAACAGCGAUCCAUCAACGUCCAAUUUCAAUGCCCAAGUCAUUAAUUUUGGUGAAUGGGGUGGAAAUAUACCCAGUCAGCAAAUUCUUUAUAUGAUAUUUGCCCAUAUUUUAGAUUCAGUUUACGGGAACGUCCGCUAUUCAAUUCUCGAAGAAUUGCGGAAUGGUGCCUUUGUUGGAAAUAUUGCUAAAGACCUGGGACUCGAUGUGGGAAAGCUCUUCGCUCGCAAAUCUCGGCUUGUAUCUGAAAAACAAAAGAAAUAUUUGGACGGUAGUCUUAAAACCGGACUUAUGUUCGUAAAUGAGAUUGACAGAGAGGAGCUUUGUGAACAGAGCUUGGCUUGUGUAUUGACUUUGGAAGCUGUGAUUGAAAACCCUUUUAAAUUAUACCAUAUUGAUGUUGAGAUUCUCGACAUAAACGACAAUCCACCUGCAUUCCAGAGAGGCGAGAACCGUUUUGAAAUAUCAGAAACGGCUUCACCCGGAGCGCGCUUUCCACUUCAGAGCGCGCACGAUCCUGACUCCGCAAGCAACAGUGUACACACCUAUCGACUCAGCCAAAACCCGUACUUUGUUUUAGAUCUACAAUUAAAUAGCGAACAAACUAUUACCCCUGAGUUAGUCCUGCAAAACCUCCUAGAUAGAGAGCUGCAAGCAACUCAUCGGUUAACUCUGACGGCAAUUGAUGGAGGUUCUCCGAACAAAUCUGGAACCACCCAGAUUAUGAUAAUCGUAGCUGAUGCAAAUGACAAUUUACCCGUUUUCGAUAAGAAAGUGUACCAAAUUGUUAUUGCAGAAAACGUACCGAAAGGUUCUUUAAUAGCGAAAAUUAAUGCUACAGAUUUGGACGAAGGACGAAAUGGUGAAGUCAUGUAUUCUUUCAGCGAUAACACUGCUGAUAAAGUGCGCGCACUGUUUAGCAUUAAUUCCGAAAACGGAGAGAUCAGAACAAAUGAAACGGUUGAUUUCGAAGCAGUAGACAAUUAUGAGUUGACGGUGCAAGCAAAGGACAGAGGCAGUGCAGGGGUGCCCGCGUACUGCAAAGUCUUAAUAAAAGUUACUGAUGUUAAUGAUAAUGCUCCCGAAAUAAUGCUAACCUCUGUGCGUGGUCCGAUUCCAGAGGGGUCUCCUUUAGGGACAUUAGUCGCUAUUUUAAAAAUAAAGGACCGAGAUUCUAAAGAAAGACAGGCUGUUUAUUGUCAGGUCUCCAACAAUGUCCCCUUCAAGCUUGAUAGCUCUUUUAAUAAAUAUUACACAGUGGUCACUGAUGGUAUCAUAGAUCGCGAAAAGGUGUCGGAACACAACAUCACCAUUACAUGCACGGAUACCGGCAAACCCCCGCUUUCGACUAACAAGACCAUUCCAGUGCAAGUUUCAGAUACAAAUGACAAUGCACCACGCUUUACGCAGCCUGCUUUUACUAUGUAUGUGACGGAAAAUAACGCUGUUGGCGCUUCUGUUGGAUUUCUAUCAGCGGUUGAUCCGGAUAUCAAUCAAAAUGGCCGACUGGCGUUUAUCAUCCUGGAUAGUCUCGUUCAUGGCGUGCCUGUGUCCACAUUUGUCUCAGUUGAUUCAGACAGUGGUGUGAUGUUUGCGCAGCGCUCUUUCGAUUACGAACAGCUCCACGAUUUUCAGAUCUCUGUGCAAGUAAAGGAUGCUGGAUCCCCUUCGCUCAGCAGCAAUGUAACUGUAAAUGUGAUCAUUGUGGAUCAGAACGAUAAUGUCCCUGUAAUCCUAUCGCCCAUGAUAAAUGAAGGCUCAGCAGCACAGGAGACCAUGCCCAGAUCUGCCGCUCCGGGUUAUUUGGUGAUUAAAGUGACAGCCACUGACGCCGAUUCUGGACAGAACGCGCAUCUAUUUUAUCAACUUGGUCAGCCGACUGAUGAUAGUUUGUUUACUGUGGCUUCUGAAACAGGAGAAAUCUGGACUACCCGCCGCUUUGGCUUAAAGGAUUCACUCAAACAGAAACUCGUGAUUCUGGUCAGGGACAAUGGAAAACCUUCACUUUCAUCAACAGUCAGUGUCAACUUGUCGGUGUUGGACACUGAUGUAGAAACUGCAUCUAAUGUCGCUGUGCUGGGGUACUCUAUAUCGUGGAUGCAUGAUGUAAGAAUUUAUUUGAUCAUUUCUUUCGCAACAAUCUCGUUCGUUUCUCUUGUGGCGAUUGUAAUACUCGCCAUGAAAGUGAAGGGUGCACACGGAUGUUGUUCCUCGGGCACACUGUCCUGCUCUGUGCGAAGGGAUUCGCUGCAAGGAGUUCAAAAGGCCAGUGCGAACCUUCAAAUUCCAGUCAAUUAUGCAGAUGUGUACGAAAGGGAGGCGGUAUUUCACUAUGACGUCUGUCCGACUUCAAAAUCAUCCAUGAACGAUUUCGCGGUUUUGAAGUUACAUGUUUCACCGGUACCGAUGAUUAAUGCCAAAAAUGGUUCUUUAUUAAUUGAGCACAAUGGAAAGGAGCCCUAUCCUACCGUGAAGGAAACCCAAGUGUCCCGUCUCAACAAAGAUGUAAGUAAAACAUUAGACCAUAAAGAUAAGAGGGUGAAGACUAAAGAGGAUGAAUCUAUUUGGCUAAAGCUCAUAAACAAGAUUGGUAUGUUCUACUUAUCAUCAGGCUUUAAUAAUAUAAUAGCUGAAUAA